UAUCCACUACGGCAUUGAGGCAGCCAGUACUAGAGAGAGUCUGCAGCAGAGAGGGAGUGUGUGUGUGUAUGUGUGUGUAUGUGUAUGAGUGAGCAAUCGCACAGGGAAUCUGACAGUUUCCCUCUCAAAAGGGAGAAGACAGAGGCUGAGAGGCUGGAGAAACUAGGCUUCUGGUAACUCUGGAUGCCAGGAGCCCAUCCAGAAAUGUGCUGAUUUUUCAUCUAUUUAAUUCAUCCCAAACCAAGCUGGUUAAAACAACAGACGGUGUGUCAUUCUCCAGACUGCCUCACAGCUGCCUGCAUAAAACAUAAAGACCAGAUGGGUUUUGUUUACUUUGGUAAGAUAAAUAUAAAGGUUACUAAUGAUUUAAAAGAAGAAAAAAGCAGGCAGUGAUAAGUCAUUGGUAAACAUGAAGCUGCAGCCAAUCAGUGUCAUGGCAGACAGAAAUAACACGUUAAUUGUGCAUGAAACCAUAGGGUCUUGAGUAUGCAAGGAGAGGCUUUGAGUCAAGAUCUAUCUUCCAUGGCUUCCUGCGGAUUCAUAUGGUUUGAUGUAGCUGGUGGUGAGCUCUGAGUAUGGGUAGGCUCAGCCAAAACCUAGUAGUCAGUGGCAGUACUCAGGGUUUGGGGCAAUAUGCACCCUGUGGGCCACCUCCUGUCUUAUUACUGUUUUGAUUGUUGCUGUUCUGAAGAGCACAGUAGCUAACCACUCUAACUAUAACGGCAGCUUUAAGAAACCAGCAACUCCCUUCCACCCCCAUCUGUUUCAACAGGUCACCGCUUACGUUGCAAAGAGAAAUGCAAGCACUGAAUCUACACAUGUUCAGGGUUGAUUAGCUGCUUUGCAUAGCACCUCUGUUUGUUUUUCCAUGCCAUCUUUUUCAUGAGUAGCAGCUGGCCAGAACCUCUCCAGUGUAGCCAGUGCUGCAUCUACAAGGUCACCUGGAAACAAAGGUUUGUUUUCAGAAUACGGAUCAUCUUCCAGUUUGCUUGAGCCAUCAGUGGGGCCCAGACUUUCUAACGGACCAAUGAGAGAGGGCAGCAUCUGUUCGCCCCAUCCCAUAAGCCACCCACGGAGGUUACCUGGGUGACCAAUUCACACAUGUGGAAGGGAAAAGAGUAGAGAGUAGCUGGGAUGUUAAAAGAUACUUGCAAUAUUUGCCAGGCCAUUAAUUAUUAACGAACAAUAAAUUUGAGAGAUGGGAGAUCAUGAAGUAGAGGAAAGUGGAAAACUCCAAGCAAUGAGCAGCUUUUAAAGGCUGUGUACACACCGUACAUUUAAAGCACAUGAGUUCUCUGUAAGACUCCUGGGAACAGUAGUUUCUUAAAAUUGCCAGGAAUUGCAUCUCCAUGUGUAGUGAACUUCGGUUCCAAGGAUACUUUGGUGGAGGUCAUGUACUUUAAAUGUGUGGUGUUUACACAGCUUAUAUCAUGCAAGACUGCCUAGUUCUGAUCAUAUGUGUAUAAUCUUUGCCCAUGUUUUCCUUGCAACUGUUUUUGAGCAUAGAUUUAGGCAAUGACUUACAGGCUAAUACGCCACCCAUCUUAUGAGUCUUUUUUCCUUUUGUAAAACUGCUUUAAGGGGAGGUAUUUUCUUUGUAUAAAUUAUUUUUUUUGAGGGGGGAAAUGUGCUUUGAAUGUGCUUUGAAGGUGUAGUGUGUACACAACCUUAAAUUUCAUCCCACCUUGUUCCAAAUGCAGUUGUACCAUUGAUUUGUGUAACAGCACAAUGUUAUUCACAGUUUCUUUCAGCUCCUUUCCUAAUGAUCCCUAGCAUGGAAUUUGCCUUUUUCUCAGCUAGGGGCUCAUCCACACUUACCUUUCACCCACUACCUACCUUUCACUAGGGGCUCAUCCACACUUACCUUUCACCUACACUUUCAAGAUGAAUGUCAGCACUUUCAAGCUUCAUAUUGGAGCGCUCUCCACCCCUCACUGCUUUCCCCAGGAAAACCCACUCUUUAAUGGUGCAUCGGAAUAAACUGCAUUUUGGGUUUUCCACGGAAUGCCAUUUGCUCCAAUUCAGCAGUAAAGAGUGGACGAUAAGAUAAGAUAAGAUAAGAUCAUCUUUGUUCCUUGCAAGAACAAUGCAAGCAGGGAAAAUGCUGAGGCAAAAAAACCCCCAAAACCUCAGACACCCAGCUUUAAAGCAUGGACCUGUGCCUAGAAACAUGGCACAAAGGAAGUCUGAAUGAGCCCUAGGGUGACAUUAUCAUUGGACUACCCACUAUGACCCCAGGUCUCAUUCCUAGUCAGUCACCACCAGUUCAGACCCAAUGAGUGAAGCGCCAUAGAAUCCCCCUACAGCCCACCUAGAAUCCUGAAACGCCCACUAAUGGGGUUAGGGACCAGGUUGACAACCCCUGCUCUGAGUCUAGAGCAUUUAUGAACAAGUGAAAAAACACAGGUCUCAAUACCAAUCCUUGGGGGACUCCGCUUUCUACAUCUCUCCAUAGAAUUGUCCGUUCAUUUAUACUCUGCUUCCUUUUACUUAACCAAUUGUUGAUCCACAAAAGAACCUCAGUGUCAGAGGACAGUGGUAUUUCCCUGGAUUCCGAUGGAUGGGUGAGGACCCAGAGUGGAGGCCCCUACUCAAGAAGAACCAGCGAGCAUGGAUGACUUCUCCUAUGAGCUGCUGCUGCUGCUGCUGCUGCUGCUGGAUAACUUCAUCUCUGGAGGGUUUUGGCACAGAGCCAGUGCAGGGCUUUCUCUAUUGGCAUGUCCUUGUCUUUUCAUCUUCAUAGCUGCAGUCGGUGGGGCUUGUUAGCUUCACCCGAAGAUCAUGCCAGGCUUGUACUGCCGGACAGCCUGGACAGCCCUCCCUCUAAAAAGCUCGUGUGUUAAAGCCUGUGCCAAUGGGUAUUCCCUGGGAGUCACUGCCCACCUUACUUACAUCAACUUGGAGGAAGAGCCUAUAGAGGGAGUAUUCAUUUAUCCCCUGGAAGAGUCAGAGGUGGUCUCAAGCUUUGAAGCUACAACAGGAAACAGAACCUCCACGUUCCAGAUCCAGAACCGGCCCUGUGUGGAGGACUGUUGCAUUGACUGUAAUGCAAGCUGGAACCAGCCACUCUGCUGCACCAAUGGUCACUUGAUCCUUGAUGAAGACUUGGCACGUUCCACGUUCAUCAUCAGCACAGGCCCCGUUGGGCCUUCGGAAACCUUGACUGUAGUCUUCAGCAGCAUUCGGGAACUGGCAACCCUGGCAAACGGCGCCCUACGUGUCCUCUUCCCCUCUGUGCUCACACCCUUCGUUGUAUCCAUCCCCGAAAGUGAAAGUGAGGCGAAAGGCUUAUGUGACGACAGGUUGGCCCUAUGCUCUGCCAGUUGUUUUGGAUCCACUACUCUGAAGAGUGAGCAGUCUUUCCUUGUGCCUCCCCAGGAUACAGACAUCUUCAGGGGUGAGGUUUACAACGCCUUUCCCUACGAGUUCACCUUUGAGAUGCUUGUUAAAGGACCCUGUUUGCUGGCAGGAUUGGAGAGCCCAUCACACGCUCUUCGGGCUGAUGCUAAUCCUUUUGCCAGCUCUGCCUCAACUAUAUGCAUCACCUUGGCAGAGAAGCACAGAUGUGACAGGAACCUGGAGAUUAUCUUGUAUCCUUGUGAACCUCAUCAUCCACACCUCAUCAUAGAAGAUGGUGCUAUCUCAUAUCAGGACUACGAGGCACAAAUAAGGAGCCGCCGUGAUUAUGCUCGUAUUGCCAAAAAAGAUGAUUGGGAGAGACAGGUUGCCUUUGUCCAGAAGAGGUUCCACAAAGACAUUUUUCACAAUCCUGUCCUGAUGCUGAAUUUCUGCCCUGAGGCCAGCUGUGUUUCCACUGAUUUCCAGACCAUCACUCGGGAAAUGCUCUUCCUCAUUGACCAGAGUACAAGCAUGAGUGGCCCUGGUGUUGAUGGGAUCAGGGAAGCUCUGUUGGUGGCUGUGAAGAGCCUUCCUCCCAGCACCUUGUUGAAUGUGGCUGGCUUUGGCUCCAGCAUCAAGCCUGUCUUCACCACCAGCAAGCCCUGCAAUAGCGAAACCCUCAGGCUGGCCUGUGAAUACAUUCAGAAGCUGCGAUCUGACAUGGGUGGAGCCAACCUCCUGGCUGCUCUGACUUGGAUCUUGGGGCUCCCUCUUCACCGCGGGUAUCCUCGGCAGCUUUUUAUAUUUACAGAUGCCAGUGUUGGAAACACAGGCAGGGUCAUCGAGCUGGUCAGGAGACACGCGAGCACUGUCAGGUGUUUUACCUUUGGCCUGGGCUCUGGGGCCUGCCGUAGGCUCCUGCGCGGACUGGCAAAGGUGAGCAGAGGUCGUGCUGAAUUCCUAAGCCUGCAUGAAAGGCUGCAGCCCAAGCUGAUAAAGUCUUUGAAAAAAGCAAUUGAGCCAGCUGUGAGUGACAUCACUAUAGACUGGUAUGUGCCAGACACCAUGGAGGCCCUGCUAUCGCCCAAUGAGAUCGCAGCCCUGUAUCCAGGAGACCGGCUCAUCAGCUACUGCACUCUUUACCACAUUGCCAGCUUCCGGGACAAGAAGGCAACAGGCAGAGAGCCGUUGUGCCGGAGUCUAUCUAGGGGCUCUGCGGGUUCAGUGUUCCAGUCCCAGGAGGAGGCAACUGGUUUGGAAGGAGCCCAUCCACACCCAGCUGGUGAGAGUCAAGAAAUUUGCCGAGCCCUUCAUGAGAUUUCCCGUGAGAUAUCUCUGGAGUUUUCUGCUGGGGGCACUGAGGAGUCUAUGAAAAGUGGGGAUCCUGUGUCCGGAGGAGACAUCUGGAAGCGGAUUUACCAGCCCUCCUACAUCAAGGAACAGUAUGUGCUCACUCACUGCUCAGUCAGCACUGACCACAGCCACGGCUUGCUCUCCCACAGUUCCACCAGCAGCGAGUCCACAGGCUCCAGAGAUGUCCCUCCAGAGGGAGGGUCCUUAGCCCAGGCUCUCGAAGGCAGCUCACAGCAAGGCCAGAAGAGUGUCUCUCUAUGCAAUUCCUCCACCAAGUCUGCUCCCGUCUCCCAGGCUCAUUCUGGUGCUGCUCCUAAGGUGUCUGUGGCCCUGAGCUCUGAGGAGCUGGUGCGGAGGAAGAAGGCCUUGGCCCGAGCUGCUCUGUCUGGACGUAGCUUCUCCUCCCCACAUGGUGAGCUGGAUGCCCAUCGGCUGUGCCGAGCCCUAGAGAAGGUGUCCCAGAAGCGGAACCGUUCCCUGGAAGGGAAACUGGAUGAGAUUGGGCCAGAGUUGCAGAAGAUGCGCAGAAGCAUUGCUGAUUCCAGCAAUCUACUGUCACCAGCCCACCUAGACUGGGACACGCUAUUGGAGCCCCCGUACCUUUUCAGCCCAUCACCAGCAACUGAGCAAGGAGAGUGUGAGAGCAGCGCUUGGCCGCCACUCCGGUGCCAAGUUGUGAUCCAUGGACUCAGGGCAGGGAAGCCAGUCUCUUGGGAAGUGACAGCUGCCCUGGAUUCCCUGCUUCUUGCCAGAGACAGCCAGGCCAAGGAGGAGCCUUCUCAGUGGCAGCAGCAAAGUAAGGGCUGGGACAAACUGCUUCACCACUUGACUGCUGGCUCCGUCAUCCGGGAUAAUGAGAAUGUGUCUCAAAGGGAAGCCGAGAUUGAACAUGGUUUCUCACGAAGAUUCCGCAUUAAGGCUGCCCAGUCCAGCAAAGCUUGCAACACACCUUCAAUAUAUACCUCUGUGGUGCCUGUAGAUGCUUCCACCCAGGAGAUCUUGCCCUCUGCCCUUGAGGUUCGAAGCACAGUGGGCCUCUUCAGCCACCAGCAAGGAUCCUAUUCCGGCAGCCGACGUCAACAUAGUUGCUCAGCAGGUCUGGGACGGAGGCAGGACUCGGAGGACCUGGAUGAUGCUCCUGUUUCUGCAGAACGAGAAGAGAUUCCUUCUUUUCCUGUUAGUGUCACUUCUGUCAACCAAGAAAAGCAGAACUGCCAUGAUGGUGUCGAUUCCAGUCCCUCUUCUGUCUCUGUGGGCUCCCAGAAAUCAAUGGAGAACUUUGUGGGCUCCAGAUUCAGCAUCAGCCGGCGACGGGGUCAAGGCCUGGCACUGCGUCCCCAGUGCCUGACCCCUGAAAGUGAACUCUCCUCUUGUGACAGUGCCAUUCAGGACUAUCUCCCACUGGUGCGGCUACAGCAGGCCCCCGGCAUGUUCCAGCUGACCGAGUGUUUCUCAGAGGUUGUUCAGAUCCCACUGGACCGCUUGCGCCGAGCCUCUCCCUAUGCCUCCCACCGUGCCAGCCUCAGCCCUGCCUCCAGCACCUCCCCUUGGGCACUCAUAGCCAAGGCCAGCCCAAGGCUAACAGCAAACCAGCCUUCCCCGGAUGGCGGUGAAGUAGUUGGAAUGAGCAAGGAGGGAGCCGUGGAGCCAGGAUCGCCACACUCACACAGCACCUGCUCAGAUGUGCCGAGCGCUGCCGUGUGGGCACAGGCGGACAGCGGGCGUGGCUCCGAGACAGACGCCUGCGACCAUUCGCCGGAUGCCUCUGAAGUGAGCAUCAGCCUGCAGGAGAUGUGCCCAGAUGCAGAGGAAGGGGACCUGGAGAGCAUGAGCUGGGCCACAGCUGUGGCUUUGGCAUGGCUGGAGCACCGCUGUGCCGGGUUCUUUGUGGAGUGGGAGUUGCUGGCAGCCAAGGCCGAUUCCUGGCUGCGGGCACAGCAGCUGCCAGAAGGUGUGGACGUCGCCGCCCUCAAAGGGGCAGCACGUCAACUCUUCCUGCUGCUCCGCCACUGGGAUGAGAACAUCAAGCUGAACAUGCUGUGUUACAACCCAAACAAUGUGUGAAGGAGUAGUGAGCAGGCCAGGCUGUUGGUUGCGGGUGCCAAUAAAGAGACGAGCUCAGAGUCUA